UGGUGCAUUUGAAGCGUACGCUACCACCUAGUUAUGAUUAUCAGUUUAUUUUAAUGACUGAUUGUUGUCGGUUACUUUCUUGACUUAAUAUUUCCCUUCCAGAUAACCUAAAACUGCACCUCACACUCCCUAUGCCCACAAGGUACAUUUAAGCUAAACGCAAACUUACCAUCAUUUGAACCUUAAAAUCGAAGCGAAAUGGCUCGUAUCGACUUCAUAUCUAGGUUACGACUAUUCAAAGUCCUACAUCGAGUAUCAGUUUAUGGGAAUAGACUUGAAGCAACCAAAUUGAUGAUACCAGUAGCUUCACGUCCUGCGUCAUUUUUUUCUUUCAUCCGAUCAAAGCUUGAUGAAGCUGCCUCUAAACAGUCCAAAGGUUUUCAGGAUGUACCAAAUGACAGUGAGUGGUUAGAUGCAGUUCAAGAAGUUGAAAAAUCGGAAUUAAUAAAUUUGAAAGGAUCUGAUACUAAUAUGACUAGAACAGAACUUCGAAAAUGGAAGAAACGUGCAUUUCUUCAUAUUUUAGAAAUGUUUAUUCAGCGAGCAGGACCAACUCGUAAAGGAUUCACAUCAUUUAUUCAACAAGCAUUGAAUAAAAUGACUGAUUAUGAAGUUAUGUAUGAUUUAGAUUGCUACAAAGCAAUCAUUCGUUUAUUUCCUACUGGACGAAUGAAUGUGAAACGUUUUUUUCAAGCUGAUUUUAAUCAUUUUCCGAAACAACAACAAGUUAUGAUUGAUUUAAUAAAUCAAAUGGGAAGAUAUCAUGUUCUGCCAGAUGAUGAAGUUGGUCAAAUGAUUAUCGACAUUUUCGGUUGGCGUAAUCAUGCUAUGCAAACUUAUCGUGGUCUUAUGUAUUGGAUGCCUAAACUAUAUUAUAGUAAUCCAUGGACAGUACCACUUCGAAUCGCUGAUGAUCUUGAUUUGGAUCCUAUUAAAUUAGGAUGUUUAAUUGCCGAAAGAAUAUGCCCUGAUAGGAUGACAGAAUUCACAGUUGUACAGAUGGCAUCAUCUAAUUCUGACAGAUCAGAUUCAUUGAUUAGUGCUCAAAGUCCUGAACAACGUGCAUUACUAGCAUUUUGUACUAAUAAAUCAAUUCGUACCAAUCAACAUGAUCAUGCUCAAUGUAUGAAAGCAACAAUUUAUUUAGAUGGACCACAUUAUGUAUGGUUUAAUAAUUUACAAGCGGCUUAUUACACUUUAUGGACAGAAAUCGAUGCUGAUCGAUUAAAAAACGAAACGAAUACAGUGCAAGCUAGUCAAGUACCAAAACAUACUGCAGAUGAACCUUAUAAUCUUUCAUUCUUUAAUUAUUCAAAGGAUAGUUCAAAUAUAGUAUUGAAUAAUUCUGAUUCUCAAAAUUUAAAUCGUUCUCUUUUGCCACACAUAAGUCUUCUUCCUACAAUGAAUUCAACUGAUACUACUGAAUUACGCCAUUAUAAUGAUGAUAAUGUUACUACUACUACUACUACUACUACCAAAUUCAUUAGUAAAUGUGAACCGGAAUUCGAUAAACGUUGGCUUACAAUUCGUCAAAGUCAUGUGUAUAAAUAUUUACCAUCAAAUCUUUGUCAACAUGAACAAGGUGAAGGUACAAUACUUGCUGUUGGAGUUGUUGUACCUAAACCAGAUGCUUUAGAUAAUCAAAAAAAAUUAUAUGAUUGGGAAGUUUCCAACAGGAUUCAACAUACAGAUUCACAAGAUUAUGAACAAAAAAAGACUCGCGAAGAAAGAUCUAGUUUACCGCAAAUUCCAUCACCUGCUUCGUCUACACUUAUUCGUCUUUGGUUAAAUGAAUUACAAGCUAAAAAUCCAUGCUUUAAUGAUGCUACAUUAGUUAUUCGAGUUCCGAUGAAUAUUGAUCCGAACCAAAAAUCCGAAGAUAAUCAUGAUACUCAUGAUGGUGUGCAUUUAGACGAUCAAGAUAUUAAUAUAAAGUAUCAAUCAUAUAGUCAGUGAACAUAUCACAUGAUGUAAAUAAAUUGUUUACAUUUUUUUCAAAAAAAUAAGUAAUAAUUAUGUUGAAUCAAAUGUACAUAUGAACCUCUCUAUUGAUUCCUAGUUUUAUCAAUGCAAUAUUUUCUGUAUACUAAUGAACCAAUUUCUUGAAGUAUAUAUUCUUCCCUUACUCUUUUUAUUACACAUAAUGCUUAUCGUCUUGUAUGUUAGAGUAACAUUGAUCAAGUGGCGAUUAUGAUCUAAUGAUAUUUUGUGAUUCUUAUUAAUGUAUCUUUGUUUAAUUUCUUCAAAGUUUGACAGUGCAACAAGUUAGCACUAUGUAAUUUUUUGAUAUGUUGCAGUUUGUUUUACUGUUUACUUUCUAGUUUUUCUCAAGAUCAGAUGAUGUCAAAAGGCUAUCUGGAUUCUUAAUAGACAUAUGAUAAAUAUUA